AGACCUUAUAUAUCUUCUACCCCAAGUGCUAGCUUAACCAAAAAGCUCACACUUCCCCACUUUUCAUUAUCUCAAUACUACGAGAUGAUAGACCUCAAAUACAUAUGGGUGCUAGUUUCAAUCAAUAGAUACAUUCUUGACACAAUACAAGAUGAAAAAACAAGAAAAACUCUAAAAAUGAGAUGUAUCUCAAACAUAAAGAUUCAAAGUCAAGAAUUCUUUGAAUUUUCUGACCAAUCAGUCUUAUCAAAUCUCUAUUAUGGCAUUGAUAGCAUUGAAACUGCAAUAAAAUCAACACAUCAAGAAGAAAGAUCUUUCAACUUAAACAAUUCAGAACAAAUGCUUCAAGUUCCAGCAAUGCUUGAUGAAGAUGAAUUCACAGCUACAAUUCCAAAUUAUUAUUUGGUUUGUUAUUCUUAUUUUUAUCUUUCAAUGGUUAGAAAACUUCAAGGUGAUGAAUGGCAAGCUGCACUUCAUUUUCUUCAAGCUGUUUUGGUUUCUCCAAUGCUUGUUUGGAAUGAAUUUGCACCUCAACUUUGUGAAAGUCUUUUUAAGAAACAUGGAAAUAGAAGUUUGGAGUUUGUUUCUUCAUCGAAUUCCGAGGAAGAAAUCGAUGAAGUGUUUGUUAGGGAGAAAGCAAGGAGAUAUAAGGAGUGUUUGGUGUAUUAUCAAGUUAUGCUUUAUGGAGAAAUUCCAUGGUGGAGCAGUUAUUGCAGCAAAAAUUCAGCAAGUUAUAUGAAUACUAGCUGUCUAUCUUCUGCUUCAGUUCAACAUGAACAAAGAUUGAAAAAUUGCAAUACAUAUGAAAAGCUUCACCUAAUGGAUACUCAAGAUGUGAUGGAAGAAAAGUUGGAUUUAAAAAACAUAAUUAAUCUUGAUUCUAGCAGAUUCACAAUGUCCAUUGAAGAUUUUGCUUUAUCUAUCUCGAAACGGAUAGAGAAAACAAGUAUCGAUUUAAAUUGCCGCGUUGAGGAUUUAUUAAUCGAAGAAGCAUUGCAGCCAUUAGAAUUCCAUCUUUUUGAUCAUGCAAGUAGCAAACAUAGACUCAGUCUGAAAUAUCAUGAAGAAAGUUCUAAGAUGAAAUUGCAAACAUCAUUAGGAAAAUGUGGUGAAGAAUAUAUUGUUAACACUGCAUCGAUUUUCGAGAGUUUGAUUGGUUCAUCUGGCGCAAAUUAUGGUUCCUUAAAGGAUGUGAUUUUGGAUGAAUUGCUAAUAGUAAUCUCAACUUCUAAAGAGGAAAAGGAACUAAGAGCAUCGGUAUUGAUUCUUACAACAAUCAUUUCAAGGAACAAAUCAAUUAUCGACGAUGUGAAGAGGAAAGGUUUAAGGUUAUGUGAUUUAGCAAGUGCUCUAAAACAAAAUGUUCAUGAAGCUGUAAUUCUAAUCUAUCUGAUAAAUCCAUCUCCUAUCGAUAUAAAAUCAUUGGAACUUUUGCCGAUUUUAGUCGACAUUGUAUGCAAUUCAUCACAAAAUUGUUACAAAAGUAAGCAAGAAUCGGUUCUUAUGACACCUCAUGCAGCAUCGUUGAUGAUCAUCGAAGAGCUUGUGACUUCAUUUGACUAUGCUACAAAUAACAUGCAUUUGGAAGUAAUCAGUUCACCUCAUGUUCUCAGUGGAUUUCUAGAAGUUGCUCGAAACGAUAAUCUCGAGGAGUUUUUCUCUUUGACUACUAUUCUUAUAAAGUGUAUGCAGUUUGAUUCACAAUGCAGAAAGUAUGUGUCACAGUUUAGUCCUCUUGCGCCUUUUCUAGACCUUUUACAGGCAAAAGAUAUUCGUGCCAAAUGCAAGGCACUUGAGUUUUUUCAUGAAAUCCUAUGCAUACCAAGAUCAUCGGCUAUUAAUUUGCUGCAGAGGAUAAAGAAAGAAAGCAGAAUGAAUAUUAUGCAAAUACUGAUGCAUUGUGCACAUCAAUUACAGCCUAAUCACCAGAUUUUAGCUGCUAAUAUUAUGAUUCAGUUAGACACAUUGAACCCUAUCGAUAAAAGCUUGUUUAGAGAAGAAGCUGUGCAGAUUCUUGUAAGGGCAUUGACAUCUCAAGAAAGCUCAGAACAGAUAUUAUCUGCAUCCAUUCUAUCAAAUCUUGCUGGUACAUAUGCUUGGACAGGAGAAUCAUAUACAGCUGCAUGGUGUCUGAAAAAGACAGGCAUGAACUCCCCCUAUCACCAAAAUAUGACAAGAAACUUCAACUGGUUGGAUCAGAGUUUAAAGGAUUCAAGCAUAGAUGUAUGGUGCAGCAAAAUUGCAAAAUGUAUCAUAAGUGUUGGAGAUUCAAUCUUCUAUAGUUUGGAGAAAGGACUAAGAAGCAAGAUGAAAAAGGUUUCUAGAGACUGCCUUGUAACCCUUUCAUGGCUUGGAUGUCAAAUAUCAAAAAGCCCGGAAAGCCUCGGUAAUUCUACAUCUGAGAUUAUAUUAAGAGGAAUUGAGCAAUUUUUGCAUCCUGGAAUGGAAUUGGAUGAAAGACUUUUGGCAUGUAUGUGCAUGUUUAAUUAUGCUUCUGGGAAAGGAAAGCAAAAACUAAUGAAUUUCUCGGAAGGAGUAAAAGAAUCAUUAAGACGUCUUUCGAGCAUAAUUUGGAUGGCUGAGGAAUUACAUAGGGUAGCCGAUUUCUUGCUUCCAAACACAUCACGUAUUUCUUGUGUUCACACGCAAAUACUUGAGGUCGGUCGCAACUUUAGCAUACCAGUUCGCUCCCUCAUAUACUACAAGGGACUGUUAUUCAGCGGAUAUUCGGAUGGAUCAAUUAAGGUUUGGGAUAUUAGGGGGCACUCAGCUAGUCUUGUAUGGGACAUUAAUGAGCACAAGAAGUCGGUGACAUGCUUUUCAAUUUAUGAACCAUUAGACGGCCUUUUAAGCGGAUCAACUGAUAAAACCAUAAGGGUGUGGAAAAUGGUUCAAAGAAAUCUUGAACGUCUUGAAGUUAUAGCCAUGAAGGAACCAAUCCAUCAUAUAGGCGCACAUGGCGAGACAAUUUUCGCAAUUACUGAAAGACAAGGAGUAAAGCUUGUUAACAUAUCAAGAGAGAUAAGAGAUAUUUUCAAAGGUAAGCAUGGGAAGUGCAUGACAGUCUCUCAGGGAAAGUUAUAUCUUGGAUGCACAGAUUCAAGCAUACAGGAGUAUUCCGCGACACACAAUAGGGAACUAGAAAUCAAACCACCUACAAAAAGUUGGAGGAAACAAAGCAAGCCUAUCAAUUCAGUUGUAGUCUAUAGAGAUAUGCUCUAUAGUGCAAGUAAGCUUGUUGAAGGAACUACAAUCAAGGAAUGGAAAAGAAGUGGCAAACCCAAAAUUUCACUCCUUAAUGAAAAAGGAGAUAAUGUGGUAGCCAUGGAAGUGGUAGAAGACUUCUUAUACCUAAUCUCUAGCUCUUCAGCAAGCAGCAUUCAGAUCUGGUUGAGAGGAGUACCAAAAAAGAUGGGGAGAAUGUCAGCAGGGAGCAAGAUAACAAGCAUCUAUGCUGCCAAUGAUAUUAUUUUUUGUGGUACUGAGAAAGGACUAAUCAAGGGCUGGAUCCCUCUGUAAGAAGAACUUCAACUCAUUGUGCAAACAUACAUUGACAUGAGUGAUUACUUGAAGCACCGCGGACAAAGACAUGAACACUGGACACAACACUGGCAACUGAAGAUCGGUAAUAAUUUGAAAAAUGAAAGUGAUUUGAAUGUAAUUGCAUGUAUCGGUGUCAUGUUGUUAUAGAAUACCGACACAUAUUAGACACCAAAUACACCAUAUUAAAUUGGAAGUGUCGAUGCUAGCGAUAGUAAAUAUUUGUGAGUUUUCCUUUCGAGUGAAAGUCAUUGUGAAUAGUAGUUGAUUGUAAACUUGUAAUUGUAUUGUAAAAAAAUACCAAUAAGCUAUUCCUACGGACUACGAUUUUGCAAAAUUUUGAGUAAGGUGUAAAUCCUUUUGUUGUAAUUGUAAAAAUAUACAAACAAUGGAUUAGAAGUGGAAAUAAGUAUAUUUGUUCC